AUGGCAGUAAGUUCUCCCACGUCCAUGCCGUCGUUGCUGAAUCCCGAUGCUCCUAACUUCGUCCCAGCUGCGUUUAGAAACACCGAGGAUUUCAGCCAAGAAUGGUGGGACAAGGUGCAAAAUUCUCCCGCGUUUAGAGACUACUGGCUUCGCGAGCGCUUCGCUACCUUGGAAGCUGAAGUAACCGAGUCAGGCAACCGCAAUGAGGAGGAGGAGUUGGUAGACGAGCAAUUGCUGGAAGAUAUGGUUGAUGAAGAGUUGAACGAAGAGCUCUACGUACUGGAUGUAGAUGAGGAUUUCGACGAGAUUCUGCAAGAUACUCCUGCCGAGCAGUUUCAAGAGUUGUUAGAUGGCAGGCAGUCGUAA